AUGGCUAAUGAAAUGACUGAUUUUCAUGACAUGUGGCAGGAUAUCGAGAGUGUGCUGCUUAUCAGUGACGGCCUUCAAUAUGCACCGACAACCGAUACCCACCGAUAUGUCAUGUCGUCACAGACACCAACCACUCAACCACCGACACCACAAAGUCAAACCCCACACAACAUCAACGGCAACGAUGUCUAUGUAAAGCCAGAGUACAGUCAUAUAAAGUCCGAGUAUGACUACCACCAGAAUAGCCACGAGACAACCUAUGAUCAGAUGGUGCCGUAUGUGACCGAUAAUAACAAUUACUGCAGUGUCUCGCAGUGGUCACAAACACAUAACCAACCAAUUCCACCGCAUCAUCACCACCAACAACAACAGCAUCCACAACAAACUGUUAAUAACAACCAAUUGUGCUCACGUAUAGAACGUAUUGGUGGUCAUCAUAACCACCACUCGGGUGCCAAAGAGCCGUCAAUACCGUCAACGACACCGCACACUCAGGUGAACGGGUCGACCAGUUAUUAUUGUGAUCAAUAUUCAGACAAUACUUAUCUACACUGGAAUUCCGAGCAAUAUUCUUAUGGAAAGGCAUCUCAAGUAACCCCAGGCCAUGUUCCCGGCCAUACAGUAGUCAAUAAUUAUACUAUGAAUUAUCCCAAUGCAAGUGCACCGCUACAUCACCACCCGUCCCAUAGAAGUCUAGUAACCCCUCCGGCGUCUCCACAUCUUGCUGAAUUGCUGUCAACUCAAAUGGGACAGAUUGGCCACCAAGUCAUACCUGGAGCUGCUGUUGGUCCGCCAGUGCAACCAACAAAACCACGUAGAGGGCGACGAGCCAGAGGGCCCAAGAAAGUGACUUUACAUACCUGUUCCUAUCCGGGCUGUACUAAAACUUACUCAAAGAGCUCACACCUGAAGGCUCACCUGAGGACACAUACGGGAGAGAAGCCAUAUCAGUGCAAUUGGAAAGGUUGUGGCUGGAAGUUUGCCCGAUCUGAUGAACUCACCCGACAUUUCCGUAAGCAUACCGGCGACCGACCCUUUCAAUGCCGACUCUGUGAACGAGCCUUUUCCCGAUCCGAUCACUUGUCGCUACAUAUGAAACGACACGCAGAGAUUGUUUAG